AUGGAGGGAGUAGCAAAGAAUGAAGCAUCAGUGGAGAGCAUCUCUGAGAGUAGUCCUGGCCUGAAUGCCUCCCACUUCUCAGUCCUCCUGGGUUCUCACCACUUGGACUCCCCAAGUCCCCAUGCCUUGGAGCAAGGAGUAAGGCAGAUCGUCUGGCAUCCUGCAUACACCAGCCUGGAUGAGUCUGGUGGUGAUAUAGCUCUGGUACAGUGUGACCAGCCUGCGCCCUUCUCUGAGAACAUCCUGCCCAUCUGUCUCCCUAGAGCCUCUUCUCCACUUCCUUCUGGGACACCCUGUUGGGUGACAGGCUGGGAAACAUUAAAGAAGGAGUUCUUUUCCCAGCUCCCCAAACCCUCUAGCAGGCCAAUGUUUCUCUCCUGCCCCGGGGAGACCUGUGAGACCCUCUACCACUUGGACUCCCACCGUCCUCUUAAGGUCCCUGUCAUCGAGCACGACAUGGUCUGUGCUGGCAGUGCAGAGGGCACUGCAGACUCCUGCCAAAUGAGUAAGAAAUCUCUUAACUUUUUGUCCUCCCUCAUCAACUCGGCUCCCCUUGGGGCUGUUGCCCCUCCCCCCAGAGCCAGCCACACGUCAGCGAUGUAUUCUUUUCCAGGGUGAUUCUGGGGGUCCUUUGUCUUGUCAUUUGAAGGAUCGAUGGGUGCUAGGAGGUGGGGUAAGCUCGGGGGAGGUCUGUGCAGCCCCCAACUGCCCUGGAGUCUAUGCCAGUGUAGCUGCCUCCACUCCUUGGAGGUGAUCCCUUGCUCCUGAAGUACAGCAGAACCUCAUCCCCUCAUCUGCCUCAUUUUCUGGCCAUCCAGAAUCAUCCAUUCUUUUUGGUCUAGUCCUAGUGAUCGCAAAAUUUCUGCUUGUAAGGCUGUAAACAGGAGGGAGGAGAGAGGAAAAAAAAGAUUCUCUCUCCUUAAGAGCAAGUUGCUUGACCUAGAGAAAACAGGUUAAAAGGGAGAAUUCAACUUGAUUCAACAAUCAUGUAUGAAACACUAAUUGUGUGCAGCAGUGGUGUAGGUUCUAGGUAUAAAGAAGCAUAAAUUAAAUAGUACUUUCCUCAAGGACCUGGGAUACAGUAUUGGACUUACGGAGAGAGACAGAGAGAGAGAGAGAGAGAGCUUGGUCCAAAACCUGAAUUAGAUACUUAUU